GGCCCGAUGCCUCUGGAGCUUUUUCCUUCGUAGCCCGAUUGAAUCGGUCUUCACAGAAGUCCUGUGCAUCUUGUGGCCUCGUUUUGAACAAAAGGGAUUAGGGAGAAAACAUCCUUUCCCUCUAAGACUUUGGAAAGCGAGGGCAGGCAAUCUUGGUUGUGAAUAUUUUCUGAUUUUUCCAGAAAUCAAGCAGAAGAUUGAGCUGCUGAUGUCAGUUAACUCUGAGAAGUCGUCCUCUUCAGAAAGGCCCGAGCCGCAGCAGAAGGUCCCGUCCGCACCGCCGCCACCGCCGCCGCCCCCACCGCCGCCGCUGCCCGAGCCCAGCCCCCCGGAGCCCGAGGAGGAGAUUCUGGGCUCGGACGAUGAGGAGCAGGAGGAUCCCGCCGAUUACUGCAAAGGAGGCUAUCAUCCAGUGAAAAUUGGUGAUCUCUUCAAUGGCCGAUAUCAUGUUAUUAGAAAAUUAGGAUGGGGACAYUUCUCUACAGUCUGGCUAUGCUGGGAUAUGCAGGGGAAAAGAUUUGUUGCAAUGAAAGUUGUAAAAAGUGCCCAGCACUAUACAGAGACAGCCUUGGAUGAAAUAAAACUGCUCAAAUGUGUUCGUGAAAGUGACCCUAAUGAUCCCAACAAAGAUAUGGUUGUACAGCUGAUCGAUGACUUCAAGAUUUCCGGAAUGAAUGGAAUACAUGUCUGUAUGGUCUUCGAGGUACUUGGGCAUCACCUCUUAAAAUGGAUAAUAAAAUCCAAUUAUCAAGGCCUUCCCAUCCGUUGUGUAAAAAGUAUAAUUCGACAGGUGCUUCAAGGUCUAGAUUAUCUCCACAGCAAGUGCAAGAUCAUCCAUACGGAUAUCAAGCCCGAGAACAUUUUGAUGUGUGUGGAUGAUGCCUACGUCCGUAGRAUGGCUGCAGAGGCCACCGAGUGGCAGAAAGCCGGGGCUCCUCCUCCCUCCGGCUCGGCAGUGAGUACAGCUCCACAACAAAAGCCUGUGGGGAAAAUAUCCAAAAACAAAAAGAAAAAACUGAAGAAAAAACAGAAGAGGCAAGCGGAGCUAUUAGAAAAACGCCUGCAGGAAAUAGAAGAACUAGAGCGAGAAGCUGAAAGGAAAAAAAUAGAAGAAAAYGUAACCUCUGCAGUGCCAUCAAAUGAGCAAGAAGAUGAGUACCACCCAGAGGUGAAGCUAAAAACAGCUGAUCUAGAAGAGGUAGUAGAUGAAGAAGCUGGCAAUGAGGAUGGUGAAGCAGAAGAUCAGGAUGAAAAAGAAGACACAGAGAAAGAAAACACUGAAAAAGAUGAUGAUGUUGAACAGGAACUUGUCAACUCCGACUCUACAGACCCUAAGUGGAUAGAAUCCCCCAAAACAAAUGGCCAUAUUGUGAAUGGCCCUUUCCUAUUGGAACAGCAGAUUGAAGAUGAAGAUGAGGAAGAGGAAGAAUGUCCAAAUCCAGAGGAGUAUAAUCUUGAUGAGCCAAAUACAAAAAGUGAUUACUCUUAUAGCAGCUCCUAUGAACAAUUUAAUGGUGAAUUGCCAAAUGGACGUCACAAAAUUCCUGAGUCACAGUUCUCUGAAUUUUCAGCUUCAGUGUUUUCUGGGGCUCUAGAGUCUGUAGCUUGUGGUUCUGCUGUUUCUGAAGGAUCAACUGUAACUGAAAGAGAGGAGAGCAGCCCAUCUCAUGACAGGAGCAGAACAGUUUCAGCUUCAAGCACUGGCGAUUUGCCUAAAACAAAAACUCGUGCUGCUGACUUAUUGGUGAAUCCUCUGGACCCGAGAAAUGCAGAUAAAAUUAGAGUUAAAAUUGCUGACCUGGGGAACGCCUGCUGGGUGCAUAAACACUUCACAGAAGACAUCCAGACAAGACAAUAUAGAUCCAUAGAGGUUUUAAUAGGAGCAGGUUACAGUACACCUGCUGAUAUCUGGAGUACAGCAUGUAUGGCAUUUGAGCUAGCAACUGGAGAUUAUUUGUUUGAACCACAUUCUGGUGAAGACUAUUCCAGGGAYGAAGACCACAUAGCACACAUCAUAGAGCUGCUAGGCAAUAUCCCAAGGCACUUUGCUCUAUCUGGAAAAUAUUCUCGGGAAUUCUUCAAUCGCAGAGACCACAUAGCAUUGAUCAUUGAACUGCUGGGAAAAAUCCCUCGAAAAUACGCUAUGUUGGGGAAAUAUUCCAAGGAGUUUUUCACCAAAAAAGGGGAGCUGCGGCACAUCACCAAGCUGAAGCCCUGGAGCCUCUUCGACGUGCUCGUCGAGAAGUACGGCUGGCCCCACGAGGACGCCGCGCAGUUCACAGAUUUCCUCAUCCCCAUGCUGGAGAUGGUGCCCGAGAAGCGCGCGUCGGCCGGCGAGUGCCUGCGGCACCCCUGGCUCAACUCGUAGCGGCCCCGCGCCCGCCCGGCCGCCAGCCUCACACCUUUGUUUUGCUUGAGGUACUGUUUGACAUUUUGCUUUUCGUGCACUGUGUUCUUGGGGAAGGGUAGUCCUUUCGUCUUCGGCUAGUAGUUUACUGACCCACUUUCUUCAGAAAACACUUAACGUGUCUUUUAAGCCUUGUUUCUUGUGUUGUGUGGCAUCCAGAUGUCAGGGUUUUGAACAAAAGCGAAACAGAAAAAGCAGCGACAACAAAAAAUAAACUUCCCCCUCCAUGUGUUUUGGCGAGUUUUUGUAACUAUUUAUGAAAAAGAAAUAUUUUAGCUGAUGCAUAUUAUAUAAUUUACAAGCGUUAAGAAAUCUAUCAAGGCAGGACUGAGUUGAGGCGAGGAAUUGUACAAUUUUAUCUUCCGGCAAAGGGACGUCAUUCUUGUAUUAUAGUGUAUGUAAAUGCACCCUGUAAAUGUUUAUUUCCAUUUAAAUAUGGGACUGGGGACUCAAUUUCAGCUUAAAGCUACCGAGUUUUAGAGAGCUUUAUAGCCAACGGAUUGCAUGUAGUGGACUUCUUUACACUGCUUUAAGGAACUGUGUAAACUUUCUAUUCUGUAGCAGGUCCCGUUCAUUGGAUUUUAAACAAAAUGGCUCUGGUUUAUAGGAUUUCAUUCCCCAAAUGGCACUUUAAAGGAAGGCUCGACUUCUUUCUAAUAAAGUAUGCAUUAUUAGAUGGCACUCCCCUUUUAGAACUUUUGCCUAUUUUAAGUGCUUUUAAGAAGAAAAACAAAUAGCAAUUUCCCUUACAAUGUGAUAGUGAAGACAUGGUACCAUAUGGUGUUGCCUUUUUAUAAGCACUGUAAGUUGUACUAUACCUUAAAAGAUUAAAAAUUGAGCAUGAGAACCACUCUCUGUGUAAAAUUACUGCUGUUUUAUGGAAGUGUGUGCUUGGAAGCAGCCGAGGAAGGAUAGAUSCAAGUGUGGACAGUGCAGCGGGAAAAAUAAUCCAGCAGGCAGGAUCAUGCUCCCUCCAUUCAUAGCUUUACACGUUCCGAAACCGAUUUGCACUAGCUUUAAUUUUGGUCCCAUGCCUAGGUAUACGAUUGGUUACUGUA